AUGUCUGACGGUGCGACUGAUCUCAUGGUGUCAACACCCAACUCAUCUGUCGCGAAUUUUGAUGAAAGUUCAGGCGAAGCAUCUGAAGUCUUGGAUGAAAAUGGAAAGCCUAUGAUUCGUUGGGCACCUCUUGGUGCGAACGAUGGAAACGAGACCUGUAACGAAACGGAUUUCUCUGAAGAACUGAAGUUGCAAAAUAUAAUGGAGGAACAUGAGAUUCUGAACACUGCACUCCUCUCACUAACUUCGCAUUUUGCACAGCAGUCAGAUGUGCCUAAUGGAAAUGGCCCAGAGAAGGAGCAGAAGUGCUAUGUGCCAUUGAUUAUUGACCAAUUGAAAACACAGCUAGACGAUCUCGAACAAUUUGCUUACAAGAGUGGAGAGAUUAGUCACCCUCCAACGCUCAAUAUGCUGGAGAAACAGAAAAUCCUCCUGGAUGAGCUGGAACAACGCCUGAACUUGAACGUCCACGAAUUGCAAUCGAUGUCUGAAGAGGAAAUCCGGGGCCACAUAGACGCAGCAAUCACGCAGUCGUGUGAGUCAGCCCACGUAGUUUCUGGCUCUCCAAUGACAUCUGCUGGCACUAAUUUCCACGGUUGUUGCAUUGUUAUAGCCAAAGACUAUAUGAGCCACAGUCAGCCUCCAAGACAUACAAUAGUUUCAUCUUAUCAAGUUUGCCAACUAAUGAUUCACCGGUUCGACCAAAAGUGA